UAACAAAUUCUUCCAGUACAUUUUGUAAUGGAAUGUUUCAAAUACCUUGUAUUUAUGAUUACAUUGCUACUCAAAAUGAAAGUUUAGCAAAACAUUCACUAGAAGUAGCAGAUCAGUUCAUAAUGGAGAAUACCAAUAUGGCAAAUCAAGCACCAUUCAUUAAGCUAAAUCAAACAAACUUUGAAAUAUAUAUAAAUACUCCUUUUUUCGUCAAUGUUAGUGGCUAUGAUAUUGAUGGGAAUGUUACACACUUCAUAGUAUUAACCAAUGUAAAUUACACUGAAAAGCAAAAAAAUCAAGUUACUUCAACACAUAAUGCAACAACCGAAUUUAUAUUUAUGGUUACAAAUUUAACUGUAGUAACAAUUGGAAUAACAGCUGUUGAUGAUAAAAACCUGCAGUCUGAGGUUAUCCCAUUGUCUCUUACUCUCUGUACUGGUUGCAGUAAUCAAGGAUCAUGUAACUUUUCUGUUACCAGACCUACCUCAUCUCCUUAUUUUACCUAUGCAACCUGCAACUGUAACUCUAGCCAUAGAGGCAUGUUGAUAAUUUAA